GCUCAGACAGAAGAGAGCAGGAGAUAUUCAGCAUGGCCUCAUCCAUCGCAGCUGUGUUGGCCUUUACUGCUAGUUUGAUAUUAACCGCAAUGGCUGGUGACUGCGAUGGCUACUACGAUUCAUUUGGGAAUUAUCAACGACCCCAGUACUGCGGGACUAUGUACUGCUGUGGUACCUGUAAAAAUCGGUCCUGCUGCCCAUCUUCUUUUUUAAAAUUUGAUGACGACACCUGCAAAGAUUAUCGGAAUACCAUCUAUAUCAAUUUUGCUGCACCUAUUGCUGUCGGUGUAGUGAUUCUGAUCAGCACCAUCACACUAAUUAUAGUUUGCUGUGUUUGCCCCUGCUGCUGCUUGUACAAAAUGUGCAGAAAACCCAAACCCGUGGUGGCAACGACCACAACCACAGUAGUAACGCAGUUCCCUCAGCAGCAGCCUCCAAACCCUGCAGCUCAGAAUCCGCCCUACCAGCCAAUUUCUGCACAGCCUGGUUACCCUGUCCAGCCCGGGUAUGGAACCCCUGCCCCAUAUCAGGGCCAGCCUUAUGCACCGGGACCGCCUCCACCAUACCAGGAGAGUGGAGGAUAUCCUUCAACAGACAGCCAAGCCGCCUAUGAUGCCACUCAGCCUCCAGACCCUCUCAACCCCCUCUCAAAAGUGCAGGCCGACUACGCUCACCCUCCUCCCCAGCCUGACCCUAACGCUGCUCAGCCUCCAUACAACCCAGCCUAUGUGGAGCCGCCCAAAACCGGAUACUAAACCACAAACGUCUGACACAACGUGUCCACCUUGGCUGGAUUACAGACACCUACACACUUCCACUUUGCUCACACCAGUCCUAUAUGGGCUAUAUUUACCACAGAAAGCCUCAAACACACGACUUGUGUACUCCUCAUGAUGUGAUCAAAUCAUUCUUUUCAACAGAUCAUUACAGCGUAAGGACUCUUUUAACCACAAUAAAAUUGCCAGAGAUAAGAAACCGCAUGUACUCCAGAGUUUUUUAUGGAAAAUGUGAGACAUAUAUAAAGGACAUGUUUAUUGACCCAAGCCAUGCUCUGCCUUUUUUUUUUUUUUUUUGCGAGUGAGGGGGA